ACCGAAACCAAAGGCAGAGACUUGGAAAAAACAGACGACAUGGCACUCUACAAACCAUCGAAGUAAGUGCUCCCUCCAGAGUUGAAAACCAGCCUCAUUUCCAAAUGGAGAGCAUCAGAGAUCUUCACGACUUCUGUUCUGGAAAAUGAGGAUAAUCAUGUUUAUAUUAAACGUCUAUUUUUUUAUCCGCAAUCACUCUGUUUCAUCACUUUCAUCUCUGCAUCGGUGCAUGUGGUAAAGCUGAAUACGAAGUGUACGGGGAAUGUUGUCCUAUGUGUGGACCUGUAAGUGCUCCAUCCAGAGUUGAAAACCAGCCUCAUUUCAAUAUGGAGAGCAUCAGAGAUAUUCAGGACUUCAGAUCUGGAAAAUGAGGAUAAUUAUGUUAAUAGUGCACAUCUAUUUUUUAUGCACAUUGGCUCUAUUUCAUAACUUUCAACUCUGCAUCAGUACAUGUGGUAAAGCUAAAUACGAAGUGAACGGAGAAUGUUGUCCUAUGUGUGGUCCUGGAUUUCGUGUCUACAAACAUUGUACUGAAUACACAUCUACGUUAUGUAUACCCUGCACUCCAUCCACUUUCACUGAUUUACCCAGUGGUUUAGUAAAGUGUAUUCAAUGUACAGUCUGUGAUUCCAGACAAGGGUUAAGAACAAAGACAGAGUGCACAUUGACUGCAGACACCAUCUGUGAACCACGUGAAGGAUUUUACUGUAUUGACCGACACAAACACAGUUGUAAAGAAGCUUUUGAACACUCAAAGUGUAAACCUGGACAAUACAUCGUACAGAAAGGAACAGCAGAUACAGACACUGUGUGUGGUGACUGUGUUGGUGAAACUUACUCAGACGGUUCAUUCUCAUCUUGUCUGCCGCAUACACAGUGUGAGAGUUCUGAUGGAGUUGUGAGAAGGGUAAAAAGACCAGGAACUCAUUCAUCAGAUACUGAAUGUGAAGAAACACACGUAGUUCCCAUCAUCGUUCCUGUUUUAUUUUUAAUAAUUGGUUCAGCCGUGGUAUUAGUACCUCUUUAUUUUUGUUGGUACAGAAAAAGGAAACCCAAGACUCCAGGAAGAGAAGAUACAAGGACAGAUGGUGGUGCAGGGGAAUUACUGACAACAAAUUCAGAGGGAGAACACUGAAGAUCAGCAGCACAGUGCAGUCUAACAGCUGUCUCUAUAAUGUCAGAUGUAGAUCUUCAUGUUUAUGUGUAACACAUAACUAUUUUUCACAUUCCCUAAUAAUUAUGAAUAGACUGCGAGAAAUAAACUGUAAAAAAUGUAUUAUGCAAAAAAGACACAUAACAAAAACAGUUGUGCUGCCUGACAAGGGGAAUAUCUGGUCUGGAUCAGCUGGUGUGGCAGAUACUCAAAAAACAAAAGAUAAAACAUAUCUCAGGAGAAAUAGGGAGUAUGGUUCGCCAUGACGUUUCUGCACUUAUGAUUGAUUCAGUAAGACCAGCGCUGGCGGAGCAUGCAACACCAAUUUCAGCAACUCCAGGGCCAAGUUGCUGACAUGUGUAUUACUGUCUGGGAAGGCACAGAGGAGCCCAGACCAGGACUCCUGACGCACCUGCAAAGGGAGGACCAAGGGUAGGCUCUGGAGAGCCCAAACUUCACCCAUGAACAAAGCACAGUGACACUGAGCACUUUCUAACUGCUUUUGAAAGAGUGGCAGCAGCAUGCCAGCGGCCAGAGGUGACAUGGGCUAUAGACUCAUACCCCUCUUUACAGGGAAAGCCCAAAGCGCCUAGUGGCCAUGGACCAAUGAGGACAGGGCUGACUACAGUACAGUCAAAGAGUGCAUUUUGAAGAAAUAUGAAAUCAA